AUGGAGGGCCACGAGUACAGCAAAUACUAUGGUCACGUCUACGAUGUCAAUCACGAAGUGGUUGGAGAAUUGGAUUCUAAGGCUUUUGAACAGUUCGAGAGAGGUCUGCCCAAGCGUCCAGGUUACAAUACCACAGGAAAGCAGAUUGCCGUCCGUGUGAACCAAUACAAGGUGAACAAGUUCCCUACCAUGGACGUUGGACAAUAUGAUGUAAGAUACCCUUCACCUUUAUCUUCACUUUCGAACCUCACUAAAUUUGGCAGAUCAACUACGGCCUCAGACCAGACCAAGAGUCCAAGCGCGGUUUGCUGAAGGCAAUUUUUGAUUCAUCCGAUAUGCAACGUGAGUUGAACAAACACAACCCAUUUUGGUUAUGGGAUGGCAACAAGCUUCUUUGGUAGGUCAUUCAUCAUUUGAGAGUCGUUUUCAUGUAAUACUCAAAAGUCAUAGGUCUAUCUGUCAAGUACCCGAGAUUCGGGUUACGGUCGACCUUGAUAAGGCGAAAGGCCGCACACCUCGAGAUGGUCAAAAGCCAGAUACGUACAGAGUUAGAAUUGUCCGAACAAAGCGUGUACGCAUGGACAUGGUCCGCGCCUACAUUGAGGGCAAGAUUGAUUUUGACAAUUCGGUGUAUGAGGGAAUCAGUAAGUUCUAUAUUGGUAUAAAUCUUUUAGAUCACUUUAUUCAUGCUGGCUAGAUUUUCUCGACCACUUGAUGCGUCAGGGUCCGUCAGAGAGAGGUGAUUUAGUAUCUCAAAAGCGCAGCUACUUUUCGAGAACCGGAAACAAUUAUGCGCCCCUUGACAACCUUAUCGGUGCUUCUAAGGGUGUUUAUCAAUCCAUCAGACUUUGCGACGUGAGUAGCCCACCAAUCUCCACCUUACGAGAAGUACGCUCACUUUCAUUUAGCCCAACGGUGGAUCAGGCCUUGGUAUCAAUGUCGAUGUUGCCAAUGGUACCUUCUGGUCUGGUCAAGAACUUAUUCAAGCAGUUAGAAACUAUACGAUGAUGGUCACCAGAGAUCGUUCGCUGGACUAUAAUACGCUUACACAACGCCUUGCACCUGUAGCUUACAAGAACGGAUACACUCAAUCCGCACCCUUCAAGGAGCUUCGAAAGAUGUCAAAGUUGCAGUUCAAACUCAAAUGCCAACCUUUGGGAAGCAAACCCGUCGCCAACCCCGAUCGUAAGCCAGUGUUGUAAACCUCUUCCAAUGUCAAUAGCUAACAUAUACUUUCAGAGGUUAAGCACAAGGUUUUCACCAUCAAGAAUUUCGCAUGGGAUACAAAAUACGGCGCUGCUGGUUGCACGCCCAAGACCAAGACCUUUGAACUGACUGAUAAGCCCUCUGGCAAAAAGCGAAUGAUCUCAGUCUAUGAUUACUUCAAGGAGAAAUAUGGGUUUAUUUGCAAUCAGCCACAUCUUCCCUUGAUCGAGACCACCAGAGAUGGAUUUAUUCCAAUGGAGGCCUGUUUACUCUUGGGAUUCCAGAAGUACCAAUACAAGUUGGACCCAACUCAGGUAAGAAAAGCACCUGUUGUGAAAAGUGAAUUGUAUCUGACCAAACCCUAGACCGCAGCGAUGAUUAAGUUCGCUGUGACCAGACCUAAGCAGCGCUUGGAUUCAAUUAUGAGCGGUGUGAAUAUGCUCAAUUGGGGAACCGAUAGAUACCAUAAGGCUUUUGGACUCGAGAUCGAUAGAAACUUUACAGUGGUGAGUAAACAUUCGUUUCUCUUUUACCCGGUCCGCUCUUUCGAUUGACUAGAAUCAUGGCCAUUAACUUGUAUCAAACAGACCAACGCCAAAUUGCUGCAAAACCCAGAGAUUCAGUUCAAGGGUUCAAAGCAUAACCCAGGCACCUCAGGUCGAUGGGAUCUUCGUGGAAAGAAGCUGUGGAUUCCCAAUCAACAACCACUCAAAUCAUGGGGAUGUUUGGUUCUUGAUGGUUGUAUGGAUGAGGCGUCAUGCAAAAACUUCAUGAAUGUUUUCAUGCAGACCUACAUUGGCCACGGUGGAAUUGUCGCCAACAAGAAUCCAUCGAUCGUGGUUAGUCCCAGGGGUGCAGACGUUUAUGCAAGUGCCAUUCGCUUCCGAAAUACGGUCGGCAACGCAAACCAGCUAUCUCCCCAGAUCAUAUUCAUCAUCAUGAGCCAGCGUGACUCGUUCAUGUACGAGCGUUUGAAGAAGAUCAUGGAAUGUCGCUUCGGUAUGGUCUCGCAAAUGAUUGCAGUUACGCACGCCAAAAAGGCAGCACCUCAGUACUGCUCCAAUGUCAGCAUGAAGGUUAAUGCUAAGCUGGUAAGUUCAUUUAUAUUUCACUGCCUAGACUUUGUUAGACGGAAGGUUUGUUGACACUUUUAGGGCGGUGUUACUUGCAGAGUCAAUACUCCAGCACCAAAGGCUUUCCCUAUCCCAACCAUGAUUAUUGGUAUGUUCACGUCUUAUCUUCUGACCAUACUCCUCUAAUUUUCCUAGGUGCCGAUGUUUCACACGCCUCGCCAGGCUCUGAGCAAGCCUCCAUUGCAGCAAUCACCAUGUCCAUGGAUCCUGACUGCUUGAAAUUUGCAGCCCAUGUGCAGACGAAUGGCCGUCGAGUUGAGAUGAUCAGUGAGGAGAAUAUUAGAGGCGGUUUCAUGAGCUUGUUCAAGUACUGGGUAGAGAAUGCUCGUACUGGACCUCAACACAUCUACUACUUCCGUGAUGGUGUCUCUGAGGGACAGUACCAGGCGGUUCUUAAUGAUGAGGUUUUCCGUAUGAAGCAGGCCCUUGAAGAGGUUUACCAGGAGAAGGCCAAGGCAGUGCGUGAUACAUCUUCUUUUCUCUUCAGCAAUGGUGAUAGUAUUGCUAACAUACGAGUAGAUCAAAUGGACUGUUACCGUUUGCAGCAAGCGUCAUCACAUCCGCUUUUUCCCCAAGGAGGGCGACAGUCAAGCAGGCGAUAGAAAUGGCAAUGCUUUGCCUGGUACGCUUGUGGAGCGUGAUGUUACACAUCCAUUCCACUAUGACUUCUGUAUGUCUUCGUUGCUCAAUCCUGAAGUAUUCCUGCACUAACCAAUGUGUUAGAUUUGUCAUCUCAUUCAGCUAUCCAGGGUACUGCGCGCCCAACUCAUUACAGGUAACCCACAGCAACCAUCUACCCCGUCACCGUAGUCUGUUGCUAACUUUCCUAGCGUUCUUGAGGAUCAAAUGCAAUUGAAGCCAUCCGAUUUCCAGAAUAUGAUCUACAAGCACUGCUACCAAUAUGCUCGCUCAACGACUCCAGUAUCCCUGUACCCAGCUGUAAGUGCUCUUCCACAAAGGCUUUUGAUCAACGCAGGACACUAAACUUAUUAGGUUUACUACGCACACCUUGCAAGUAACCGAGCUCGUGCCCACUUCCCAGAGGAUAUCAGUCUAGGUGCUAAGGGAGGUCAAAAGUUCGUGGAGAAGAAGGAAGAUGAGGUUGUUUUGCGUGCCAUGGGCAAGGGAUCCAAGGGCCCUUCAUCGCGAAGCGGAUCGAACAAGGAGACCACCGAGGCACUACCCUUGAUUCCUCUUGCCAUGGACAGCAAAGACCCUGUGUUCAUCAAGGCAAUCAGAACCAGCAUGUGGUACAUCUGAAAGCCGCUCAUCUUUGGGGAAUUGGUCGCACACUUUCCCACGGAAGCUCUUUCAUUUCUUGUUUGUUUAUUUCAUUGAUUUGUGCCUCGGGGAGCAUGGUGCUCAAAGGUUAUCCAUAAUCCUCGCGAAUUUCGUCCGCGACUAUGGUGAGGGAUGGUGCUUUUGUCUACACCGGGUAUUCUUUCGGGGCAUUAUGACAAAGGGAUCAAUCAAUACGGUGCGUUGAAUAUUCGGUGGGAUCGUGAGAAUAGCGCAUUUAUGAAGGCAACAUGGCGAAAAAAAAAAAAUGCAACGUCAUACACUGG